AUGGCAACAGGUCAACUUCCUCCCCCAGGACGCAGGUCUUGGGCCAAUGUUGUCCGCAAUAAAAGCAUCACUCUCUUUGAAGAGCAAGGUUAUGAAGAGGCUCGACGUGCGCGUCAGGCAGAAACAAUCCUCACUAGAGCUUUGAAUCCUAAUGCCGUAAUCUUCGACUUUGGCACCAACCUCCCAUCUAAGGCUAUCGCCUAUCAGACGAUCAAACAACUAGGCACUAUCCUCGGAGCAAGAACCAUCUCACGUUCACGCAACCCACGUUCAUUGUUAAUUGAGACACGUUUCGAAGACGAUAACGCAAGAGACAAAGCUUUAACGGAUGGUGUCACCUAUGAUGGCGUCACUUAUCGUGCUACACGUGCAUUGUCAGCUGAUGCAGAAAUUACCAAGGUCAACUUUUCUCACCUACCAUUUCUUGCACAAGAUGUCAUCGAGCAAGUAUUGAAAAACGCCAUGAGUGCCUAUGGUCGUGUCUGCCAAAUCCGCCUAUACGUUGAACCUGAAUCUGAAACCUUCGAAGGAGAGGCUACCGUCAUUUUGGACACAUCCACACCUUCGGGUGCCAUGUUGUCGGAUGAUAAGCCCUACUAUAGACCACUCACCCGCCUUAUCCCCAUUGAGGUUUGGGAUGAUGUGUUCCCUGCCUCAUGGAAAAACGCACCUCCUCUUUGCCGUUAUUGCAACACUCAAGGUCAUCGCAAGAUGGAAUGCCCCAAACUUCAAGAACUCACUUGCUUCCACUGCCACCAAAAAGGCCAUUUUCGUCGACAUUGUCCUGUUGUAUACCGUGAACGCCAAGCUGCCAUGGUGGAUUCAUUGACCGAUUCUCAGCUUCUUGACACGUACCCAACCACAGCGUCAGCUGUAGAUGAUGAUCAUGAUUCGGAGAUGACUACUACAGCACCUUCAUCCAUCAUCGAUGAUAAUAGAUCCAAUUCAACCAAUGAUCAGCAUACUGAUACAGCUUCUCAACCCGAUGUUGAAGAUCAACAUAAGAAGAGCACCAAUGUCACCAAAGACUCUAGCAAUCCAACUACCGACAACGCCGACAAUCGAAUGAUCAUUGACACCACACCUCAACAUGACAACGACCAUAGAAUGAAUGACAACAACGACCCUAUUAUCGACCACGAUCAGCAUCAGCACACGCCAACACCUAAGAAACCAAAACUUGAUACAGCAUCCAGCACACGUGUCACACGCAACAUGAGCCAACAACGUUUACAACAAUCCGCUGGGGAAUCACCUGACCCACAGCAUCACCAAUAA